AUGAUGAAAGCCGUGCUCGCCGCGACUCUGCUGGGAGAUCUUCCGGUAUCUUCCCGCGCCAUCCAUAACUUCAGGGCGGGCGCCUCGAGCGCCAGGCUCGAGGCCUCCAGGGUCUCGAGGGCAGAGGGCGCGAGGGCGGAGGUCGCGAGGGCCUCGAGGGCGGAGCGCUCCUCGAGGGCCGAGCGCUCCUCGAGGGCCGAGCGCUCCUCGAGGGCCGAGAUGGACCUGGCGCUGGAGCUGGAGAUGGAGGCCUCGAUGGAGACCGCGGCGGACUUGGCCUACACGUCCGAGGCCAAGGUUCGCGCCAACGCGCUCGCCGCGGCGGAGGCAUCUUACACGUCCGAGGCCGCGUUCCGCGCCAACGCGCUUGCCCACGCCAGCAUGUACGGUCACGCCUUCUUCGACAUCGACGACAUGCUGGCCGAGGACGGCCACGCCAGCAUGACCGCCCACGCCAGCAUGUUUGGCAAGGCGGGCAGCACGGUCAUCGAGGGCUCGGACAGGUCCGACGCGGAUCUGGAGGCCUCCCAGGGAAGCACGGUCAUCGAGGGUUCGGACGACGACUCCGCGGACUCCAGCGGCGACGACGACGUCAUCGGGGCCGAGGACGACUCUGGGAGCAGCUCCGAGGGCAACUCCGAGAGCAAGCCCUCGGUGAACCAGUGGGACCCGACUCGGCCGGUUGGGACCACCCUGUCUCCAGAGCAGCGUCAGCAGGCCCACUUUUCGAAGUUCGCGGCGGAAUUCGUCGUGGAGCUGAACAUGACCGAGGCGCACGAGACCGGGACAAGGAUGGGCAUCAUCCUCAACCGGGACGCCGACUUCCAGCCUGCCACGAUCUGGAGGAUCCACAAGGUGGGCCUCAUCGAAUCUUGGAACAGGGCCCACCCCGACAUGGCCGUGCACGUGGGCGACGAGAUCGUUCGCGUCAACGACAUCCAGUGGCACGCGAACACAGAGACGUUCAUCAGCCGCAUCGUCGGCCAGUUCCAGGCUGGGCGCAAGCUGAAGGAGGGGGCGAGCGACAUGUUGAGGCUCUACGUCCAGAGGCCGAGGGUCUGGGAGCACGCCCGCUUCGCCGGGCAGCGGGAAGACGCCCACAACAAGGACUACGCGGCGGAGUUCGUCGCCAACAUCAACUUGCCCGACAAGCUUGACGACAAGAUGGACAAGAUCAUGGGCUGGCAGCUGAGCCGUCAGCAUGGUCCCACCGGGCUGGAGGACUGGAAGCCGGUCAUCAUCAAGACGAUCGACAGGUUGGGCCCAGUGGAGAGAUGGAACAAGGAGAACCCAGACAAGUUGAUCUUGGAAGGGGACGAGAUCAUGCAGCUCGACAAUGUUCGCUUCCACCACAACUCCACUCAAUGGAUGAAAGUUCUCGCCAAGCACUACAGGUCAGCGACGGCGGUUGAGAGCACCAACAGGUCGGCGCUCAUCUCCAUCCGGAGGCCGCGGGCGAACCAGGAGGAGUUCGACGCCACCCACCCCGUCAAGGAGAUUGUGACUUGGAAGAGGCCGAGGCAUUCCGUCCAGCUCACUUUCCCUGAGGCCGGCAUCGGCAACCUCAUGGGCUGGCAGAUUUUGCCCAGCAAGGCGAGCGACAUGGGCAGCUCGGCCACCGUCAUCAAGAAGGUCCGCGACGGGGGGCUGGCUGCCCAGCGCCCGGAAGAGAUCGCCGCCGGCGAUUUGAUCGUCGAGAUUGACGGCCUCUCGUGGGAGAUGUACGACAAGGCCACUGAUUUCUUCGCAGUCGUCGACGAGGCGAUCAAGGCGGCCGAGAAGAAGGGACCGCAGGCCGAGCCGAUCAACCUCGUCCUGGAGAGGCCCGCCAAGUUUGUCAGGAAAGUCCGCAUGAACAUGGAGCGUGGGGUGCACAUUGAUGCCAAGAUUCUGAAGCACAUCAGGGAGUUGCGGCGCAUGAGUACGCGCGUGCUGCGCGACCAGCUCGCCCUCGCGGCGGAGUGCAUUGCGCAGCGCGUCGCCAGGUGGACAUCGCGGGGCUACACGUCCCCUGUGGUGGACCGGGGCAUUGCGGGUAGAUUUCGCCCAUUGCUUUGGGACCGGACCCGAGGUGAGGGUGGGUGCGGGGCUGGCUUCUUUGCCAGGAAUGGGACGGUGGUCGCGCCCUUCGUGGACGCGGGGCGCGCUCGCACAGGCGCCGAGGAUGCCAACCAGAGCCCAGACGGCGUGGUAAAGCUCACGUUCCCGCAGAUGAAGGAGAUCAUGGAGGUGGACUUCCGACUCCUGCGCUCGCAGCUGCACUGGAUGGAGAAGUCCGGCCAGUGGACCCGGACUCUGCAGACCGCGAGGCCGGGCCUGCGCGGGAGCCUGGACGCCCUGCGCCCCAGGCACAUCGCGAAACUGAAGGAGGUGUGGAAGAUCAUGGUAGAGAUGGAGGGCGAAGUGCUCCAGGAGUUCGACCUGCGCCACGAGGCCGAGUGCCAGCAGAGGGGCGAGAUCGUGCUCGAGGGGCUCCUGGACUCGGAGUCUGCCUCCUGCGCUUGGCUGGAGGAGUGGCGCGAGGGGGCGCUGGGCGCGCUGCUGCGGCCGGCCGGGCCGCAGGUGGCGAGCCAGGCUCGCGAGGCCUGGAGGGGCGCCGCCGCCGACGGCUCCAGCGCGCAGCGCCCCGGCGGCGGCUGGUUAUCCCGCCUCGCGCGACGCGCCUACCUGGGCCGUGCCCUCGCGGACGAGCUGGCCGAGGGGCGGGAGUGCGUGGCCAGGCUGCAGGGCGCCCUGUCGCGCCUGCGCGUGAGGGUGCCCAAGGUGCACCUGCCCGAGAGCGGGCCCCACGUCCUGGCCAUGGAGUUCGCGGGCGGCAGCUCGCUGAAGCAGGUGCUGGACAUGGUCGCUCGAGGUGGAGAGGAUGCGCAGAAGGCGGGGUCUUGGUUCACGGCGCUACUGCUGUUCGUGAUCCUGCCGUUGUGGGGUAAGAUGCUCCUGGUGGUCGGCAUCUGCCACGCCGACCCCCACCCUGGGAACUUCAAGCGGCGCGGCCAGAUCGAAGGCAUCCCGGGCCUGCUCGAAGAGGAGUCCCCCGACCCCGCAGCGGCCCAGCCGGGCCCGGGGGAGAGGCUCGCGGCCCGGCGCCGGUCGCUGCACCGCUGUUUUCGCCGUGUGCCUCGCCGGGGCAGGAGAGAGGCGGAGGCCCCCGUGGGCAGGCGGCGGCGGCCGCGGAGGCCGAGGCUCCUGGCGGUGCGGUGCGCGCUGCGGCCGCCGUGGUCGACGCCGUCGACGCCG